CUCGCGCCUUUGACUUGAAAGCGCAUUGCUCCUUGGCUUCCUGGGAAGCGCGUCGCUCCUAGGCUUCCUGGGAAGCGCGUUGCUUCUCGGCUUCAUGGGAAGCGCCUCGCGCCUUCGAGUUGGAAGCGCGUCGCUCCUCGACUUCCUGGGAAGCACGUCGCUCCUUGACUUCCUGGGAAGCGCAUCGUUCUUUGGCUUCCUGGGAAGCGGGUUGUUCCUCGGCUUCCUAGGAAGCGCAGUGCUCCUUCGCUUCCUGGGAAGCGCGUUGCUCCUCUACUUCCUGGGAAGCGCAUCGCUCCUAGGCUUCCUAGGAAGCGCGUCACUCCUCGGCUUCCUGGGAAGCGCGUCGCUACUCGGUUCCUGGGAAGCGCAUCGCUCCUCGGCUUCAUGGGAAGCGCCUCGCGCCUUAGACUUGGAAGCGCAUUGCUCCUUCUCUUCAUGGGAAGCGCGUUGCUACCUUGAUUUCCUGGGAAGCGCAAUGCUCCUCGGCUUCCUCGGAAGUGCCUCGCGCCUUCGGCUUCCUGGGAAGCACAUCGCUCCUAGGCUUCCUUGGAAGCGCAUUGCAUUCCAAAGAGGGAACAUCGCUCGGAGGCGGGAAAGCAUUCCAAUGAGGGAACAUCGCUCGGAGGCGGGAAGCAUUCCUCGGGGGGAGCCUCGCUCAAAGGCGGUUUACGAGCCUUGCUCAGUGGCGGAAGGCAUGAAUCAACUCCCGAAGGGUGCAUGGCUCGGAGGCGGUAUUUUUGCCUUGCCCGGAGGCGGAAGGCAUGAAUCAAUCCCCGAAGGGUGCAUCGUUCGGAGGCGGUAUUUUAGCCUUGCCCGGAGGCGGAAGGCAUGAAUCAAUCCCCCAAAGGUGCCUCGCUCGGAAGCGGGAAGCAUCCUCGAGAGGGAGCAUCGCUCGGAGGCGGUAAGCAUUCUCCGGAGAGAGCAUCGCUCGGAGGCGGGAAUCUUCGAGCCUAGCCUGGAGGCAUGAGGCGUGAUUCUUCGAGUAUCAGAGAUAGAUGCAAGUGGCUAGGGCCCAAUAUAUUUAAAGCAUAAAUAUAGCAUAGAGAGCCCCUAGCAUAAUAUUAAUGAACCGCUUUGCAUAAGAUAUAUCUUUGUAACAUUGACUUAGAUUGGGAGAGGUUGGCGAGCGGUUACGUAAUGGCCGAUGCGUAUGUGAUAAACGAUGCGUCCUGGUAGCAUACAGGUUUGCGUGUCAGCUGGCGACUUGUAGGUCGUUGGUUCGAAGGUUGAAGCAGGCGUCUCCUCAUAAUUUUUUUAAUAAAACGUGGGAGGAUUGAUGGGCCAAAUGGAGGCGGCCCAUUCCACCUGAGGCGGACCGCCUUGAAUGAACAAAUGCGAAGCGGGCCAGGUCUGAAUGGUGGAUUCCCCAGAGGGAUGGAGGCCCAUGUUGCUGUUGGCGGGAGGUGAUGCGGUCCCAUGUGUCUGAGGGCGGCCCACUUUGAGACUGUUGGCUACGGGAAGCGAUUGUUGUGGGUCGGACAUCGGAAGCGCAAGUGGUAGUUGCUUGGGGGAUCUAGAUUCAAGGCGGGCCGCGCUGGAUGCGAAUUUCGUGCAGUCUUGGGGUGCGGGGAGGCCCGCUUCCUAUUGGUGGAGGCUUGCUAUUAUUUGAACGAGAUGCACGAAGUGGGCCGAGACGUGGGUGUGAUGCGGUCACAGGCUUUAGGGUUAAUAACCUGAGACGAUGGAACAAACUAGGCGAUUGGCGGCCCGGAUGGCCUGGCUGGACAGGAACAAACUAGCACUUGUGGAAGUUGAACGAGCGACCCCUUCUUGCUUUAUUCCCAUCUUCAAUUUCUUCAAGCUGCCGUUUCCUACGAGGCGUUCUUGGCAUUUUGCUUGGCCGCCGGUUACUGGUCGACUAUGGUGAUAUUUCUUGAGCGAUUUUCUGUACGACCAUGUUUUUUCUCCGAGGGCGCUUCUUCUUGUGAACUCGGCAGCUGGGCGUGUUUCUUCUUGGGCGCUCCCAGCUUUCGCCUUCCUCUUCGUGCCUCUUCCGACUUGAUGCGUUUCUUCUUUGGCGUCUCAUAUUUGCAGUGGUUCCUUCUUGCGAAUUCUGCUCACCGUUCUUCAGCGGAGGCGCUUCCAGCCUGGAUGUUGCCUCGAAAACUCUGCCCUCGGGAACCCCGCUUCUUGAAGGAAGAGAAAGUGCGACUGACAAACUGAGAACUCUGUCUCUUCGUUCUUAAUCCGCUGGCCUGUUACUGUAGGUGAGCAGUAGGAGGAGAGAGGAUGAUGUUGACUGCUGAACUCCGGCGCCGAACCCGUCUCCGGCGGUCGGAAUCAUAAAUUGGCAAAAGCUAUGAUCUACUUCUUUUUGCUGCCCAACGCAUAUUUUUGGAAGCUCCAACCUUUCCCUUUGAUGAUUGAUCUUUUAUUUGUUGUGCAGGUCAGACUGACGAUGGUGAUAGUAGUUCCUGUUGCGAGAUGCUCGGCGGUGGUUUGAGCAAAUCGAAGCGAGGAUGGUGACUGGCGAAGAAGUUUAGCUGCUGCGUGCCUGCAUCUGAUUUUGCUGCUGGAACGAGAGAAACCCCGCUGGCCGAUCUUUCGUCGUCCUUUUUCUUCUUUUUGACUUUCUUUGCUGUGGAUUGCUUGUUCCAUCGGCUUUGUCGCCAAUCCAUUUUUCUCCUCUAGUCAAGAGCUCAGGCGGCUUUAGGAUUUUGGCAGCGACUGCGGUUGCUUAUAGUUGGUAGAGGAAGUGCUGAUUUCUUUCCUCUUUUCUUUUCCCAAUGCUUCAACGAUUUUUGGUUUACUCCAUCGUUGGCGGUUCUUGGAAGGAUUUGGCAGAUCCUGCCGUCUCUUGUAAUUUGGUGGAGUGACCCAUUUCUUUUGUGCAUCCAAGUUUCCAUGGAUUUAAGAUCCACCAUUUUUUUCUCCAGUUGGUGUGCGCCUUCUCUUCUCUUGGUUUCCUUGGACUAAAGCUUCUGUAACUUUUGGAAUUUGAGAUCUUCUAUACUUUCUUUGUCAUUUGCUUUUUUGUUCGGCGGGUCUUAAAGGGAUUGACACACCUGCUUUCCCUUGUUGUUGGUAGCCGGUUGCUUCCCUCCGUUAGAAACCAAACGAUAGAUCCAAAUCAUUGCCCCAGUGGGCGCCAAAUUGUUUGUGCCUAGAAUGUACUAGGCGGUUAUGGGGCUCCGAUCUGGGCUCCCUCGUCUGAUCUCCUCGGGAGUGAAAGAACCUGUGAGGCGGGGGCGGCCCCCGGGAUCUACGCUCCGACGCCCAAGUUAGUACGAUAUAGGAGAGUGUAUGGUAUGUAGAGAGAUAAAGUAGAGAGAGAGACCUUAGGGAAAAGUGAGAAAGGGAAAAGAGAAGAUCCUUAGUUUGGAGGGUUAGGCCUCCUUAUAUAGGGUUUGGGCUUUCUUGAGUGGGCUCGGGCCCAGGACGCCUUGCGGUGGGCUUGGGCCCGUUUAUAGUCUUGUAGGCAUAUUAAUCCAUAUCCCAACACCAGGUGUUUGAGAAAAUGCGUCAACCAAAAUGAAGCCACUUACUUUUACCCAUUUUAUCGUCCCAACUUGCCUCCCUCUGUGGCUUCAUUUAAGGCUCUGUUCCAUAAUGUUAUGGCUUUUGACUAGGUUUGAUAAUAGAGGUAUGGACAACGUGAAGGGGAAUUAUUAGAUUAAUUUCGUGGCACACAACACAUAAACCGAAGAAUUUUGAGGAUCUUGGAGGUGGUGUUCUAGGUUGCAGGGGCUUCCACAUUGUUCCAGCUUUAUCCAGCCAGGACCUGUUAUAGAUUUUCUGAUCAGCAACCAGAAUGCUAGAGAUUCAUUAUGGACUGAGCUAAGGUGGAAAUAUGUGUGAGCAUCUCUUUUUUGUUAACUGCAAAGAUCAGCAAUAUGUUCACAUAUUUUCAUGUCAUCUAUUUUGUCCCAUGGCCCUGUCCCUCCCCAAUUUUGUGUAUUGAUCCAUUUGGCAUCUAUUGAGAUAAGUUGCUGCAAACCGAGGCUUAUUAUAGCUUUCAUGGUGUUAAAUGUUUCCUUUGUUUUUGUAGGUUUUCACAAGUGUUUAGAAGUCAGAACACAGGUAAUAACUAGGCAUGAGUAUAAGUCUACAAGGUAAAUUCAAUCAAUCUAUAGAAACUCUAGAUUGACCAGGUUCUCCAAUGAGAGAAAACUCUCGUCGCCGUUCAGAUUUUAUAGUUGUAGCGACUAAUAUCCGGACAAGAAAACGAAUUGCUUUGACUUGACAUAAACUUUCAACGAGUUGCAGAUGAGUGAAAUGACGAGGCCAGUAGAACCGAACUGCGCCACCACCCUAUGUCAUCAGUCAUUGUGACUAAGUUCUGAGCUGCAAGCACCUUGCUCCAAUAAUGUUAACCAAGGUAAGAUCCCAGAUGCCUUGAUUUUUCAGGAAAUCAAGUUUAUAUGUAUUUUGUAUUGUGAAACUAGGAAUGGUUGUUAUACCCCAAGUCUUAAGUUCAAGUCUUAUACCUAAAUGUUCAGCUCAAUUUCCCGUGUCGGAACAAAACUCCGUGGUUUCCAUGAACUACUUUUUGCUCAAAACCCCAAGCAUUGAGUACCCAUUCUGUGAUGCUAAUGUGAAACAAUAGACGAGCUGUUUUCAGAAGUAGUGAGAAGGAAAUCGUGUAUGGUUCCCAUGAUUUCUAUGUUUGCCCCUGUCGUAAUAAACCGCAUCCUUACAU